GACCUAUUAAAGUGGAAAUAAUUUAAGAGAGGAGAAAGCUUGCAAAGAUAAAAUCCUCAAAGGAAAGAUUUACUUCCUAAAAAUUAGCAGUACCAUGGAGAUGGCUCCACGCAGCAAUCCAUAUAGAUAUAUUUCCUUCGGGAUCCUGCAAACCUCGACAGAAAGCGAAGCAUUGAUAUUAAUGAAGGCAAGUUUUGGAAAAGCAUGUCCUGGGACACAGAAUUUUGGAUUCUUUCAUUAUCCUCAAAGAUGAAUUUCAAAGAAGAAAUUCAC